CGAACGCAGUAUUUAAGAAAGAGCUGACUGAUUUGGAUUGGAAAAGUAGAAAAAGCUGCGAAAAUAAUUUUGGUCUAGUGAAAUUGAAAAAAAAAAUGUCUUUACUCAAAGAAAAUUAAUUAUACAUGCAUAAUUGAUUGAACACAAAGUCUUCCGUGAUCUAAUUGAGAUAUUACAAAACUUAUAAAACAAACGUGCGGGAAGAAGCUUCUAUUGCCAACUCUGAAAUGGACAAGUUUAAAUUUUUUGUAGCAAUUUUCUUGCUUGCCGCAGCGGCCACGGCACCGAAGCCGGCUUCUGCCUUAUAUUCGCCAAGCGAUGACGUGGUAGAAUUGACGCCCUCCAACUUUGAUCGCCUUGUCACACAGGAUGAUGCUAUUUGGGUUGUUGAAUUCUUUGCACCAUGGUGUGGUCAUUGCAAAUCGCUGGUACCAGAAUACAAGAAAGCCGCUAAAGCGCUGAAAGGUGUUGUUAAAGUUGGUUCUGUCAAUGCUGAUGAACAUCGUUCACUUGGCGGCCAAUAUGGUGUACAAGGUUUCCCCACCAUCAAAAUAUUCGGCACAAACAAGCGUUCGCCUACCAGCUACAAUGGUCAACGCACAGCUAAAGCUAUUGCGGAGGCGGCACUGGCCGAAGCCAAAAAGAAGGUACAAGAAGUGCUGGGCGGGGGCGGCGGCAGCAGUAACAGCGGCAGUGGCAGCGGUGCUGAUGCUGUCAUUGAACUGACUGAUGACAAUUUCGACAAACUGGUUUUGAAUUCAGAUGAUAUUUGGUUGGUUGAAUUCUUUGCACCAUGGUGUGGUCAUUGCAAGAACUUGGCACCUGAAUGGGCUAAAGCCGCCAGGGAACUUAAGGGGAAAGUGAAGUUGGGUGCAUUGGAUGCUACAGUGCAUCAGAGCAAAGCAUCGGAAUAUGGCAUUCGCGGUUAUCCCACCAUUAAAUUCAUUCCUGCCGGCUCUAAGAGUAGUAGUGAUGCUACGGAAUAUGAUGGUGGCCGCACUGCAUCUGACAUUGUUAGCUGGGCGCUUGAUAAACACACUGACAGCGUACCCGCACCCGAGUUGUUGGAGAUUGUAGAUGAAGACACGUUCGACAAAGCAUGCGAAGGAAAACCGCUCUGCGUUGUCUCAGUACUGCCACAUAUACUUGAUUGUGAUGCUAAGUGCCGCAAUAAAUUCCUAGUCACACUCCGCGAAUUGGGCGAAAAGUACAAACAGAAGUUGUGGGGUUGGGGCUGGGCUGAGGGUGGCGCUCAGAGUAACCUAGAAGAAUCUUUGGAAAUUGGUGGUUUCGGUUAUCCAGCAAUGGCUGUGGUUAAUUUCAAGAAAAUGAAAUUCUCCGUACUCAAGGGCUCUUUCUCGAAGGAUGGCAUUAACGAAUUCUUACGCGACAUUUCCUAUGGACGCGGACAUACUGCACCCGUACGUGGUGCCAAGAAACCAGCUAUUAACACUGUGAAGCCCUGGGAUGGUAAGGAUGGUCAACCGCCAGCUGAGGAGGAAAUUGACUUGUCGGAUGUCGAUUUAGAUGAUGUUAAGGACGAACUUUAAAAUAAUUAAGCCAUAAAACCAAAUAUAGCAUUAUGGUAAUGUACACAAAGACUAUGAGCAUUAUAUGAGUGGUAUCGAGAAAAAAAUGGCAGGCGGAACCAAAAAUGAAACCACCAAAAUCAACAAACUUCAGUUCAUGUUAAAAACCUUCUCUUCUAUAUUAAAUAUUUUACUUAAUUUUAUAUUUGUAUGUGACAGUGUUUUGAGUUGUCACAUAUGAAUGGGUCCCUAUAAAUAUGCCAUUGCAUUUACCUACAUAUAUUACGCGUAUGGAAAUAGCCUGUACAAAUGUAACAUGUGAUUGUAGUACUCGCCUGUUACAUGCCACCUAACAUUCUAUACAACGUAACCUUAAAUCAGGUUCCAUACGAUUUUAAAU